GCGGUCCUCGCACUUUUGCGUCGCGAUUUUGCCGACAACGAUACCGCGCUACUCCUUGGCGGGAUGGCUCCCGAUUACCAAACUCGCCUUGUGGAAGGCAUCGGUAGCACGAUUGAUCUCUCGGUCGCUGAAGCUACGGCCGCCCAGAAGGCAUUGGAGGAACAAGUCACCCAAAUGUCUUCGCACGGGCGAUACCUUGAAUAUUCUCUUCGCUUCGCUCGCCAGAAAAUUGCAUCCCUUGAAGAACAAACCUCCACCAUGACGUCACAUGGUCGCCUCCUCGAAUAUUCCCUGCGCAUUGCUCACGAUGAGAUUGCGCGCCUCACGCGCGCUUCGGAGUCGGCAACGUCAUGGCCUUCUCGCCUGAAGUCGAUUAAGCUGUAUGUUGCCAAGUCGGCGGAGCGGAGUCGCUUUUGCGAUGUCGCAUUUGAAGGGUUGUACAGAAGAUUGGGCGUUCUCUAA